UCCAAACUCUAGAUGUACUAAAGGCCCCCCCCACACACGAACAGACACCAGUCUACCAGUCCUGGCCGAAGUCUCACAAUGAGGACAUUGAUGCUAACAGCUGUGUUUACACACUGCUUCCUGCAGCUAACUGCUGGAAUGAGUGUGGGUGAUUUCAUGCAAGGGUCCAAAAGAGAAGCAAGGGAAGUAGGACCAGCACCUAUUGACUGCAAAAUGACUGCUUGGUCUGCGUGGGCGCCUUGUGACCCUUGCACUAAAAUUAUGCAUCGUUCCAGGGGUAUUGAAUCAUUUGGGCAGUUUGGAGGUCUAAGAUGUGUAGAACCCAUUGGAGAAAAAAAACCCUGCACACCAACGACUCAAUGUGUGGAAGAUCCACCACCUGUCUGCUCAGUUAAUGAGUUCUUCUGUGAAUCAGGCUUCUGUAUUAAAAACCGGCUGAAGUGCAAUGGGGACAAUGACUGCGGUGACUUCUCUGAUGAGGACGAGUGUGAUAAGAUCCGCUCUCCAUGUGGCAAUGUGGCUGUGACUGAAUCAGACAUCGGUCUGGGUGCUGGAUACGGCAUCAACAUUCUAGGCUCAGGCCCUCGCAUGAACCCAUUUAAUAACAAAGUAUAUAAUGGAAUAUGUGAUCGUGUCAAGGAGCCAUCCACACUGACCUACAACAGGCUGCCCUGGAAUGUUGCUGUCCUUAACUAUGAGACAUUAGUAGAAGAGGCUACUUCUAAAGAGGUCUACAAAGACACUCACUCACUGCUCAGCGAAAUCACCCGUGAUAUCACUACCAAAACAAGCAUAGGAUUAUCCUUCAAGUUCACACCUACUGAGCCAUCUGAAAAGAAUGCCACAGCUCUCCAGAGUGCCUCAGGUGGAUUUAACGUCGGGACUGACAAGAGAGAAAUGAUCAAAACUAUCACAGACCACAGCACCACUAAGGAAAAGUCCUUCUUCAGGGUGAAGGGCAAAGUGCAACUAGGCACAUAUAGAAUGAGGUCUCGAGGUCUGGAAGUCUCUCAGACAUUCUUGGAUGACGUAGAUGCACUGCCUAUAGAAUACGAGAAGGGACAGUAUUUUGGCUUCUUGGAGGAUUAUGGGACACAUUACACCAAGAAUGGAAGAGCAGGGGGAGAAUAUGAACUUGUAUAUGUCCUCAAUAGUAAAGUAAUCAAAGACAAGCAGAAGACAGAAACUUUGCUGAAGGAUUGCUUGAAAAUUGGGAUUAACGCAGAUUUCCAGUUCAGUGGAAAUAAUUCAGGAAGUUUAGUGCCAAGCCAAAUAGUACCAAAAGACGACUGUACAGAGCUGAAACAUGAUAACACAGACGAGACUACAAGUGAGCCAUUGAUUGAUAAGGUGAUCAGUGCAGUGAAGGGAGGCUCCCCAGCAUCAGCAGCAGCCAUGAAGUCUCAGCUCAGUAAAGAUGGUGUGCUGAACUGGAAUUAUUACGUGGAGUGGGCAAGGACACUCCCAGACCUGCCUGCACUCAUCCACAGUGAUCCUGAUCCCAUCUACAAUGCGAUCCCUCUGAGCUUCCCUGAUGCCCAGCCGAGGAGGGUGAACUUGCAGAGGGCCCUGAAUGAGUACAUGGCAGAGUACAGUGUGUGUAAGUGCCAGCCAUGUCAGAAUGGUGGCACCGUGGCCCAGGUAGAUGGCAAUUGCAUAUGCCUGUGCCCGUUGCACUUCGAAGGCCUUGCCUGUGAGACCAUCCGUCAUGACCUACUUAAAGAUAAUGACCAGCCCAUAGAACAGCUGGGGAACUGGGGCUGCUGGUCUUCCUUGUCUAGCUGCAGUGGAGGACGUCAGCGCCGCACUCGAUCCUGCAAAACAGGUGGCAUCGCAGGAGCGACCUGCAAAGGAGACGCAGUCAGCGAGGAAUAUUGUUAAUGCUGUGUGGGCUCUCGCUUUCUCGGCCUCUCUCGCUAGCUCAUACUCACACACACAUACACACACACACACUUAAAAAGGCACUGCAUUAAAUAUCCUUUGUUUCCCAUAUAAAAAAAAAACAGUUUCCAAUAAAAUGUCAGCCAGAAUCAAA